UUUCCCCCAGCUGACCGAUCAGCCACGUUUAAAUAUGCGACAACAAUGACGUAAUUGACGGUGCGCCCGAAAUGAUGUAAAUAACGCUGCGCACGAGUGGUUUUCUAAAACUAUUUUCCAUUUAACUGGUGAUCGCGCUACGUAUAGUCCAUCACUGUAUAGUAUAUGAAAAUCUCUGCAGCACCGCGAGUACGGAGUUGGGAAUGAGUGAAUGAACACCAAACACAGCCUAUAUAACCACACGACUUUGCUGUCCCCUUGUGGCAGAUUUUCGUUUGAAACUUGUUGCCAUACUGCACUAGCCCAAACAGCUAGCAGAGAGAAGGCUAACAUUAGCCAGCAAGCAGUUCAACAGCUGUAGCUCGUAAAAAAAUCGUGCUUCGUCUACAAAUCAAUGACAAGCACACCAAAUUUCCAAAUAUGCUGCCUGGAUCGUGACUACUAGUUGUCUAUUUCCUCCCGUCUUUAUCGCCUUUAACGCUUCGUGAAGUUAUCAGUGAUCCGAAACGCUUGAAACUUAACUGUGGGGCAAUGGACUCAGAUAGACUCAAACGAAGAGAGGAAAUCCAGAAAGCAAUGAGUUUUAUCCAGUCUUCAUUGCCUUUCCCCGAGCCGGAGAAUUAUGAGGCUUUUCUGACUCAGUUGGUGUGUAACCUCCUGGACGAGGGCAACGCCUGCUUCCGACGCGACGGCGACUGUCGUCAGGCAGCCCAGCAAUACGGAGAAGGGAUCAGUGUCGCCCGUUACGCCCAGGCCGAGGCCCUCAUCAUCCCCCACAAGCUGCUGGAGGGCCUCUACGUCAACAGGGCUGCCGCCUUCUACCAAAUUAGGGAAUUCGAGCGCGGCAUUCAGGACUGUGAUAGUGCGCUGUUUGUAUCCGAAGGUAGUCGCAAGGCUCUCUACCGCAAGGCGCUGUGCCUGAGAGAAAUGGGACGACUCAGAGAGGCGUACGAGUGCGGGACCAAAUGUCUCCUCACAGAACCGCAUGACCGCCAGGUAUGUGAUUUAGCUCAGGAUCUGGCCAAUAAGCUGGGCCUUAAGGGCCGUAAAGCCUACAUCAGCCAGACCGAGUCCACGGCCACGGAGGCAGAGAGUCUUGGCGAGACGUCCCCGCCCACUGGGGAGUCGUCUUCCAAUGGGAUGGAGUCUCUGGGCGACAUGGGACCAGCAGACUUGUCCAACGCCCAGUGCAUCCCGGCCCCUCUGGCCACACCCAUCCCAGUCAGCGACGAUCCCGCCGUCCUGACGCCGUGCGCGGAUCUGUCGGAGAGCCCGGGCAGCCAGUCCCUGCCGCCGAUGCCGUACUCUGUGCCCGUGUCCGAACACAUGGACGAAUGCGGCAGCGUGAUCAAGGACGAGCUGGACAGUCUCCUGGAAAGCAUCCCCAAGAAAGUCAGUGAGGGUCCUGCAGGCGCCAUCCCCACCAACCUACCAAACACAGCGGUGGGUCUGCGGCCCCCUUACUCCCCCAACCUGCCCGCCCCGUCAGCCCAGCUCGCCCCCACCUUCUUCGGCUCCUCCAUCAGUGACCUCCCCCAACUGGAGCCUUACUCGCCGCUGGCCCAGCGAGACCAGGGCUCCACCCAAGCGCAGGACGCUUUGGGAGGCUUCUCGAGCGGAGCUGUGGACGGAGAGGGGAAAGGUGGGCUCGUUUCCGGCGGGCUCGACUCUUUAUCGGAGUACACUCUCCCUGGGGGACGAGUGUGUCACAGCUUCAUCCCUGGGAUGCGCAACCACGGCUCUGCACAAGCGAACGGCCCAGCAGGAACAAACCUCUCAAUGCUGUCCAGGAAUCCUCUGGCAGGCACGCACGAGUUCCGUCAGGCCUGCCAUGCCUGUUACAGCCGAAUAGGUCCGCGAGUGAUGGAUUACAAAUAUCAGCCGGAGGCGGCGCAUCGAUGUAAGCGGGACGUUCUGCUGUGUCGCCUCAAGAACAAUGACGACCCCACCUGGAAGAGGAUUCGGCCCCGGCCGGCACGCAACAACUUCUUAGGGGCCUUUGUACUCUGUAAAGAGGUUCAGGAACGCCAGGAGUGCCAGUACGGUGAGAACUGUACCUUCGCAUACUGCCAGGAGGAAAUCAACGUGUGGACGCAGGAGAGGAAGGGCGCACUGAGCCGAGAGCUGCUCUUCGACCCCCUGGGGAGCACGGAAAGGCGCGCGCUCAGUGUCACGAGACUGCUGCAGCUCCACAUGGGCAUGUUCAUGUUCCUCUGUGAGGAAUGUUUUGACAGUAAGCCUCGCAUCAUAAGCAAGCGCAGUAAAGAAAACUUGGCGGUGUGCUCCAACCUCACAGCCCGACACCCGUUUGAUGACAAUAAGUGCCUGGUGCACGUGGUGCGCUCAGCCAACGUGCGCUACAGCAAGGUGCGCCCCCUCCACCCUCUGUGUCAGUUUGACGUGUGUCGCCAUGAGGUUCGCUACGGUUGCCAACGCGAGGACAGCUGCUCCUUUGCACACUCGGUCAUAGAACUCAAAUGUUGGGUGCUUCAACAAGACACCGGCAUUACCCAUGAGGAGAUGGUGCAGGAGUCCAAAAGACAUUGGCAGAGAUUAGAGCAGAAUGCGCAGAAGCCACAGAGGCCAAUCCACAUUCCCCACCCAAGCAGCAGCAUGCCUGUCGGGGGAAUGGGGGUCAGCGUCGGGGGAGGAGAUGGCAUCGGCGGGGCUGGCGUCUCCACGGUGGGAGGGAUGGGGGUGGGAGCGCUUGGCGGCACCGGGCGGGGCCGCCCCCUCAACCUGAAAAUGAAGUUUGUGUGCGGCCAGUGCUGGCGAGAAGGACAGGUGAACGAGCCCGACAAGAACCUCAAAUACUGCACUGCCAAAGCGCGACAUAGCUGGACGAAGGAGCGUCGAGUGUUGCUGGUGAAAUCCUUUGAGAAAAAGAAGUGGGUCGUUGUUCGGCCUCUCCCUUUCUCCCGCAGCUAUCCGCAGCAAUACGACAUGUGCGUGCACGUGAUGAAGCAGAAAAAGUGCCACUACAUCGGCAACUGCUCGUUUGCCCACAGCCUGGAGGAGAGGGACGUGUGGACGUACAUGAAGAACAACAGUUUGAGGGACAUGCAACAGAUGUACGAGCUGUGGCUGCAGCUAACCAAUCAGAGUCGGCGCACCGACAACCCCGCGGUGACCCCUCCCCCGGAGGACAAGCAGGUCACCAUCACGGCGGACUACAGCGAGAGCAUGGGAGGCCGGCGGUUGUCCGACGGAGACGACCUCUGAGUGUUGGCCAAUGACCGCCGAGUUGCUGACAGAGACCGGCGGCAACUCAACAGCCUGUCAUCUCACCAGUUUGCUCUCUUGCCUUGUUGGGAGCUGAUGUAUACACACACACACACACUCACACACACACAUUUACACAACACGAGCCACAAAUUUCAGCCAUCAAUCACCACGUUGAAGAAGCUUCGUUUGUUCCCGCAGUACAUGUAGUUCCCUUGCACCCACCCCCCUGUCGGAUUCCACUGCAGGAUACGUUUAGCAUUGACUAAAGUCCGAAACGCAAGUACAUCGAACUGAAAAUGUGCGUCCAUCAGACACCCACCCGUUUUUUUUUUUUAAUCCUCACAGCACCCAAAGCAAAUCUCGAAUGAGCGCGCUGGCCGCGGAUCGUGCGUUUUGCUUGGCAAUAAAGGAAGAUUCUCUCGGAAGAACGGAGCUGCCGUGCUAAAAGUUGACCUUUUCAACUUGAUCGUGCCAAAAUAAAUAAGUAAUGCGCUCCAACGUGCUGUUCGAAGGCAUAGUGAGACCCAAGUAAGCGUUUAAAAAAAAAAAAAAAAAGAAAAAAGGGUCUGGUGGACACCCUUAAUUGUGCUGCAGUGUGACCAAACCCGACUCUCUCUACCUUCGUGGACAUAAAAGCGAGAGAGUCAAAAUGGAUUUGUUUUUGCCGGGAGUUGUACUUCCCUCGUUAUAUUGUCUGCCAUAUUGGUAGAGCACUUUGAAUGUAACGCCUGAACGGGCCUUUAAAAAAAAAAAAAGGAGGACUGGCGGGGUUGAUCAAUCGUGUAAAAUGUGCUGUUUUUGUUGCUCCUAUGCAAGUCGACUUACAUUUCUAAAAUCAGGAGCUAAACAAUGUCCCCCCCUGCGUUCUUUUUGUGAGGUGGCUGUAUCGUGCGUUUGCGCACACGUAUGCACAAAACAUCUGAACGGAUAAAUGGAAUAAUGGCCACAUUGCGAAAAUCGCAUUGAAGAAAAAAAAAAAAAAGUCGCGCUAUAUGAAAUGAUGACCUCCGUUGGACUGAUUCGGUGUCAAUGCAGCCGCAUGCAAAAGUCUUCUGUUGUAUUUAAUUAAAGCCUCAUUUUGAGGCUAAAAAAAGGACUAAGACGAUUCAACCAAUUUGAGUGAUUGAAUCAAAUGCGAAGUAGACGUUCUUGUGUUCGAAUAUUGACGCUAAUUUGAAAGUAAAGGCAAGUUGAUACCUCUCCAGUCCCAACCGAGGCUAUUUUCCAACAUCCGGUGGUCCAUCUUAGCGGUUCUGGUGGCUAAAAGAAGACGGUCGAUUCACACUUUUUGUUGUUGUUGUUUUUUUUUUUUUGUGCCUAUGAGCAAAACGCAUGCAUACACACAAGCAAGCCUUUGAUGCGAACACAGGCACAAUGGAAUUAUGUCUAUAUUGAUCUCACACACACACACACACAUACACUCACCAUAUUUACAUACAAUGCUAUCUAUACUAAUAAUAAUAAAUAACUUAGCAAUCAAGCUUGAUAAAUAUAUAACCAGAAGACUGUAUUGAUUACAUAGAACCUUUUUUCUGUUAUUGAGGUAUUGCAAUAUGACAUGUAUCGCUGAUCUAGAUUAUUAGAGUGAUUUAAGGAGAAGGAAAACAAACA